GACACGACUCCUUGAAACGCGACAUCCUCACUCUCUAAAGCAGUAAACCCCAUUCCUCUCUCACUCUGAAACCUGCUUUCUGACUCUCUUGAAAACCUCCACUCUAACUGUCUUUUCUGUGUAAUCUCUGUUUCUUCUUCAAAACCUCGAAAUCGAGCAAGAAAUGGCGUCCCUCUUCUCAUCAUUCUUCGAACCAAACAUCUCUUCCUCUCGUGGUCGGAGCCAUGAUUCUCUCAAGAACUUCAGACAAAUCUCUCCGGCAGUUCAGGCCCACUUAAAGCGGGUUUAUUCGUGCUUGUGUUUUGCCCUAAUAGCCUCUGCUGUUGGAGUUUUUUUUCAUCUUCUAUGGAAUAUUGGUGGGGUUAUCACUUUCCUUGCUUGUAUGGGUAGUAUGGGAUGGCUUCUCUCGAUACCAGCUUAUCCAUAUGAGGAGAAGAAGAGAGUUUUACUCUUGAUGGUUUCGGCUUUGUGUCAUGGAGCUACUCUGGGUCCGUUGAUUGAUCUGGUUAUUCAGAUUGAUCCGAGGAUUUUAAUAAGUGCAUUUGUGGGAACAGCUUUGGCAUUUGGAUGCUUCUCAGGGGCAGCUAUGUUGGGAAGGCGCCGAGAAUGGAUUUAUCUUGGAGGUCUUCUCUCCUCUGGCAUUUCCAUCCUCUUUUGGUUGCAGUUUGCCUCCUCGAUCUUUGGUGGUUCUGCUGCAGUCUUUAAAUUUGAGUUGUAUUUUGGGUUGCUGGUAUUUGUGGGUUACAUGGUGGUGGAUACCCAGAAGAUAAUUGAAAGGGCUCACUUUGGAGACAUGGACUAUGUGAAGCAUUCCUUGGAUCUAUUUGUAGACUUCGUUGCUGUCUUUGUCCGCCUUCUUAUCAUAAUGGCAAAGAAUGCUCCGGAGAAGUCUGAGAAAGAGAAGAGGAAGCGGAGGUGUUGAUGGCAGAUGGGAAGAUUUCUUCCUAAGGCUUGUAAACACAUGCAUACAUUUACACUUGUAAAAAGAAACAAACAUUUGUCUUUUUCUUGAUUGUUAGGAAACAACACACAUGAGAAAUAGUAAACAAACUAUAGCUUCCAAAAAAAAAAGAAAUAGUAAAGAAACUAUGUAUGUAUAUAUGAGAAAAUAUUACUGCUUGUUUCAUUGCACAUUUGCUCGACUGUCUAAGCAUGAGCUUAGUGAUCAACCUAUGAAUGAAUCUGAUGUUGAUAAUAAUCUGUUUCUUUU